UGGCAAGGUGGCUGCAGACCGCGACGGGCGUCACGCCGCGAGUUCCCGGGCACCGCCGUCGCCGCACUCGCCAUUCGCUCUCCUCCGUCGGUCGGCACGGCGCGGCGUUCGCACCCGGACGAUCGGACGAUGGAGCGGCGUCGGAAGCGCCGCGACGGCCUGCGUGCAGCACGUGUGAGGGCGACGAGUGCGUCGGCGCUGUGCUGAGCCGAGCCGUGCCUCCUGUGUGUGCCGUGCGCGAGUGACCGCCUGCUCCGGCUAGUACAGUGGAUUACUCCGUUCUGGUGAACAGUGGAUUCGUACGAGUGGCUUUUUUCAGUGUUUUACUUGCAGUGCUCAAACGGCCUCAGGAUAUUGGAAGGAAACACUGCAGGAUGGCGGCGGCGGCCGGCUAGGCGCCCGCUGCGGCUGCUGGAGAUGGCGGCGCUGCUGCUGGUGCUGCUGCUGGUGGCUGGCGGCUGCCGGCGCGCCGGGGCGGAGCGCGUGCGCGACCUCGACGUGUCGGAGGGCGCCCCCGUCGGCACCCGCGUCGGCUUCAUCGGCGACGGCGGCGGCGGGGGCGGCAGCGGCAGCUCCUCCAGCGGCGGGGGCGGCGCGGGCGGCGGCGGGCCGCCCUACCUCAUCGUGCCCGUGCCCGGCAGCGCCGUCGACUCGGACCUCAGCAUCGAGCAGACGACGGGCGAGAUCCGCACCAAGGUGCCGCUGGACCGCGAGACGCGCUCCUCCUACUCGCUGGUGGCCAUCCCGCUCAGCGGCGAGAACGUGCGCGUCGUGGUGCGCGUGCUCGACGAGAACGACAACGCGCCCACCUUCCCCACCGACGCGAUGCUCAUCGAGUUCCCGGAGAACACGCCGCGCGACGUCAAGCGCACCCUGCACCCGGCCCGGGACCUCGACCUGGGCGCCUACAACACGCAGCGCUACAACAUCGUCUCCGGCAACACCAACAACGCCUUCCGGCUGUCGUCGCACCGCGAGCGCGACGGCGUGCUCUACCUGGACCUGCAGAUCAACGGCUUCCUGGACCGAGAGACCACCGCCGCCUACAGCCUGCUGAUAGAAGCGCUGGACGGCGGCAACCCGCCGCUGCGCGGCACCAUGACCGUCAACAUCACCAUACAGGACGUCAACGACAACCAGCCCAUAUUCAACCAGAGCCGCUACUUCGCGACGGUGCCCGAGAACGCGACUGUGGGCACCAGCGUGCUGCAAGUGUUCGCCACCGACACGGACGCCGGGGAGAACGGGCGAGUCGAGUACUCGAUAAACCGCCGGCAGAGCGACCGCGAGGGGAUGUUCCGCAUCGACCAGGCGACGGGCCUCGUCGCCGUCAACAGGCCGCUCGACUUCGAGACGAAGGAGCUGCACGAGCUGGUCGUCGUGGCCAAGGACCGCGGCGAGCAGCCGCUCGAGACGACCGCCUUCGUCUCGAUACGCGUCACCGACGUCAACGACAACCAGCCGACGAUCAACGUGAUAUUCCUCAGCGACGACGCGACGCCCAAAAUCUCCGAGUCGGCCCAGCCGGGCGAGUUCGUCGCGCGCAUCUCCGUGAACGAUCCCGAUUCCAAGACGGAGUACUCGAACGUGAACGUGACCCUGCAAGGAGGGGACGGCAAGUUCGGACUGGCGACGCGCGACAACAUAAUCUACCUGGUGAUCGUGUCGCAGCCGCUGGACCGCGAGCUGCAGCCCAACUACACGCUGUCCGUGAUCGCGACCGACCAGGGCGACCCGCCGCUGCACGCGUCGCGCACCUUCCACCUGCUGGUCACCGACAUCAACGACAACGCGCCCGAGUUCGAGCGCGCCGUCUACUACGCGAACGUGCUCGAGGUGGCCGACCCGGGCACGUCGGUGCUGCAGGUGCGCGCGCAGGACCGCGACGAGGGCGACAACUCGGCGCUGUCCUACUCCAUCGCCGACACGCCCGAGACGCACUCGGGCUGGUUCCAGAUCGACGCCCGCUCGGGGCUCGUCACGACGAGGGCGCACAUCGACUGCGAGACGGACCCCGUGCCGCAGCUCACGGUCGUCGCCAGCGACAACGGCGCGCCGCCGCUCUCCUCGUCCGCCACGGUGCUCGUCACCAUACACGACGUCAACGACAACGAGCCCAUCUUCGACCAGAGCUUCUACAACGUGUCCAUCCCCGAGAACGAGCCGCGGGGGCGCUGCAUUCUCAAGGUAAGUCUGACCAACUACUUUAGAGCAGAAACCUGAAGACUACAUCUCAAAUGGUGAGUUACUGCGGAUAAUAGGCUAGUGUUUUGCCGUCACUAUAGAUGAUUUUUAUUUAGCAAUGGAUGCUAAAAUUAGCUUUCCACUACUGUUAGUAGGUACUACACUGGGAUUGUGAAUAGUGGAAUUUUACCUGAAAGAUGAAAUCCACUCUUGUAGCUUCUACUUUAACAUUUCACAAUUAUAGGAGAUACUUCGUUGCAUUUUUGUAGAGCUCCGUGAAAGGCGUAGGUCGGAGGAAAAUCGCUCCUUGGAACAGGAAUUACGAUUCAAAUUCUUAAACAUGAAUUACCUGCAAAUGCGUUGUUGACGAAUGUGAUUGGGUGUACAUAAACAGCUCGACCGUUGAUAAAUUCAUCUUCUAGCAUUACAUAAACUCCAGUAACACAUAUUCCUUCCAGCCAAUCAAUUCAGUAUCACAUAGAGGUACUGGCAGAAUUGACGCUGUGAGAGCUGGUCAUACCUGGAUAGAUUAGUCGAUAAGAGAGUUGCCCGCGAAACGUAAGAUUCCCGAGUCAAGUCGUGGUCCAGAACACAGUCUUAAGUUGUCAGGAAGUUCGAAUUUCGCGCAAGUUUACAUAAGACAGUUAGCGUGUUAUGGAGGGAAAUAAAGACCGGCACCUACAUAUGUUCUCCACAGCUUACCGCACGCUGUGUGGUAGAGGUCACGUGUGUACCAUAAUCUUCUCCAUCAUUUUCGAAGGAGAAGAGAUUUUAUUUGUGGGUCCGUAGCUUUACCUGGGACGAUGCGAAGUUCUAGCUUAACAGUUUGGCUGACUACAAGAAUGAGCGGUUUAGAACGGCACUGCGACCCCGAAGCUUGUCGCAAAGAAUGAAAUACAAAUAGACAAAAAUGCAGCUCUGGAACUUGUCUAAAGCAAAGAAAUACGUGUGUACUAGGCUGCAGUAUCGAGCCCUCUCCCCCUCCGCCACCUUCUCUUUCCCUGACCCCUUGUGUCCUAUUCUAUUCGCCCAUAUAGCAAGAGAAGAUAGGCUGUCACUGAUCAUCUGUAUAAGCCAGAAUUUCUCUAACUUGACCAUCGUAGCCGUUACGCUGGAUGCAUGGUAAUUUUCAUGUAAUCCGCCUCUUUUUAAGUCUGCAACGGAAUUCACGCUGUCACUUUUUUCCGAGAAAGCAUGAAACAAAUCGUCACUUUUUAGUCCUUUGUUCAGGUGAUAAACAAUAAUUGCGUCCUUAUGUACACAAAUGAUUAGAAGUACAAACUGUACGUGUACUUUGACCGUUAGAAUUAAGUAGCCAUCAUGUGGUGCAAUGAGGGCCUCAAGACGUCGUAACACGGAGUCAAAGACGGCCUGGAUAUAUUACGGGGGAACACACAGCCACGCGGUUGUAGGCAAAGCAUCGACAGUGGUUUCAGGAGGACCAGAACGAACAAGUUGGCAACAGAGCAUAUCCCCGACGAGAGAUGUCAAGCGAACGUGCAGGGCACAGAAAGCAGUGCCAUCUGUCGUUCUUCGAAGAGGAGUCGCAAUUUCCUCUCCACGCGUAGUCGGGCGAAUGUCCUACUGAAACAUGGCACGGGGAGCUGCCUGCAGGAGGGACAUUGCCUCGGACUCUAAGCUGUCACUGACGUAGCGGUUGCCGUUCAGAUUGCUCUCGGCGCCAAGGAGGCGAGAUCUCAUGUUACAGCCAAUGGCGCCCCUAAGCGUUACACUUGACGUUUGUCCGCUAUGCCGCUCAACAAUGUAGUCUGCCCGAUAGCUGUCACCGCGGUAGCGUCUAACACAGAACAAACUGAAGCGGCACUCGUCUGAAAACACUAAAUUUUGCUGUUCAGCACCUCAGCGACGGCGUAUAUAUGUCCAUAGCAGUCUGACGCGUUGGCGUUUUCUGGACAGUGGAAGCGGGCACUCUGGAAUUCGUGCCAUCAGUCCAUUCCCCAGCAGAAGGCACCGUCUACGCAGCUAUGUCCACAUUCGUCACAGUGCUUCGACGUCGAGGCAACGCUGUGGACGAGGCCGUUGUGUCGUUUACGGCCACGUGGACAAGAUGGAGGUCAGCCCGUGCUGUGGUCACACUGUGUGGUCCGGUAUCCGCUUGUCGCUGUGUACGACCCUCUUCUUUCCAGUUGUUCAACACACGCGUCGUUGUCGCAGCAGCGCGCCAUGUUCGAACCGCCAUGUCACGGUGCGACAAAUCCGUGUGACGGAGACCAGUCUUUCAGCCACGUUCGAAACCAUUUCGAUGCUGAUAUUGUGCCCUUUGACGCCGACGGAGCGUACCGGCACUAUCUCUCACGUUUCCAGUCGGUUUGACGGCUCUGCGCCGACUGUGCGUGGCUUAGCUAUGACCUGUCCGGGCACACAAAAGUGGGCGCUGUUAGCGCUAAGUGCAGUCAGUCUUAAUCAC